AUGGUUAGUGAUGGUGAUGCUGCCUGGGCACGAGUAAGUGUAUCACGAGCUGCCGUCAUGAAAAAAAUCAUCCAGGCUACGAAUUCCUGGGAUUUGCAAGCGAGACGCUUCAUCAAUUAUCGUUCAUUCAGACCGAUUCUAAGGCUAAUUCCGAUGGUUGAUUCUCCGGCCAGUCAGCAAUGGGCUAUUUGGGCACUUGCUAAUCUUACAACUACUGAUAAAACCAAAUAUUGCCCAUAUGUUGUUCAUGAAGGUGGCGUACCGUUGCUGGAACAAGUUGUUAAUGAUAGCCGAUCAACAAAACGUAUGCGUGAACUUGCCAAUAUUGUCCUAGCAAAUAUCUCUGAUUGGGAUUCUAUGACGCAGUGA